AUGGCUGAUGAAAGGGUUCAUUCGAAAGCUGGCGGUGCAGGUACGAAACCUAAGGUAGCCACCCCUCAAGUUGUGGCCAAGAUCGAGCAGUACAAACGAGACAAUCCGACAAUAUUCGCUUGGGAAAUUCGGGAACGGCUUAUCAAUGAGGAUGACCUUGAAUACUUCAAAGUAGAUCUCUUAUCGUUUUUUGCGUCGGAAGGAACGAUUUUGGAAGAUUUGAAAAUGAAGAAACAACAUUUGUAUUCAACUACGGUGAUUUUGCUUCGAAAGAUUGGCAUAGGGGGCUAUCGAAAAUAUUUUACUGAUGGAUUUGUCCUAAGCUGGCUACCAAUCCAUUACUUUUACUCCAUUUCAGCAGUAUGCUCAACCCCACCGUCAGUGUCGUCGAUCAAUCGAAUUUUGAGGACGAGAGCCGCUGAGCGAGCAGCUGAAGAGCUCACGAUGAUCUUGAACGUUCAGCAUCUGACAAGGCAAGGCUUCCUUCCUUUCCAAUCUGAAAAUGAUCAUAAAUGA